GUUUACCGGCGUCAAGUCGACCCGACGGACGCGCACUAAAGUCAUUUAAGCUCUCAACAAGCUACGAGACACGUGCACCCAUUUACAAUAUUUCAUAUUUUUUUAACCGUUUAAUAUUAAUUUUUUACCGUUGAAACAAAAUUAAUUUAAGUUAAUGGUGAUAAGUGGACACUUUUUCUUUUAAUUACAAACUUAAUUAGUUUUGUUUAACUUUAUGGAAUUAGAGGAUAUGGUAAAAUAAUAAUAAUAAUAAUAAUAAUAAUUAGUUAUUUCAUUUGUGUUAAGAUGACAAAGAGGAUGGAUUUAAAAAAAAGCCACGUGACCGGCUUAAAUUUUUUUUUGAUGGAUGAAAAGAUUUUUCAAGAUUAAAUGUUGAAUUCUACGUCAUUAGUGUAAAAGUGAAGCGUCCAUGAUCGCGGCAACAUGAUCCAUCGUGGCCGAGUCCUCUGGGCAUUGCUGAUUGCAUUAUUGAUAUACCCAAAUGACAAUUUAGGUGGAGCAUUUCAACCGGAAUUUGUGGCCCCGAUCGCCAAUCUCACAGUUCCUCUUGGACGAGACGCUCUCUUUACAUGUCUUGUGGAGCAUCUGGGCGGUUAUCGAGUUGGCUGGGUAAAAGCAGACACAAAAGCGAUCCAAGCAAUUCACGAUCACGUGAUAACUCACAAUCCGCGGGUCCAGGUCUCACAUAGCGACCACUCAACGUGGAAUCUACACAUCCGCGGAGUUCAAUUGGAGGACGCGGGUCUCUAUAUGUGCCAAAUAAAUACUGAUCCAAUGAAGUUCCAGACUGGGAUGCUUUCCAUCGAGGUACCACCGGACUUUGUGACUAAUGAGACGUCGGGGGACGUGAUGGUUAGUGAAGGUAGUCAGGUGAAGCUGACGUGCCGAGCAAAAGGCGUGCCUCAACCUCGCGUCAAUUGGAAACGUGAGGAUGGCAAGAAUAUUGUUAUUCGUGAGCCAGUGGUUGCUUCCAAUGGUCAAAAGUCGAAAGUCUCAUCAGUGAGUGAGUAUCAUGGUGAGGAAUUACGACUCACAAAGAUAUCACGGCAUGACAUGGGGGCAUAUCUGUGUAUUGCGAGUAACGGAGUGCCACCGGCCAUCAGCAAGCGCAUCACGAUCAACGUUCAUUUUCCACCGGUAAUUCAUGUACCCAAUCAAUUAGUAGGAGCACCACUGGGUACUGAUGUUGCGCUGGAAUGUUUUGUUGAAGCUUCCCCUAAGUCUAUUAAUUAUUGGAUGAAAGACGAUGAUGAAAUGAUAAUAUCUGGAACACGACACGAGGUUCAGGCUAUAUCCAAAUCAGCAUUUCAAGUUAAAAUGGUACUUACUAUUCGACAUCUUCAGAAACAGGAUUUUGGAUCCUACAAAUGUGCGGCGAAAAAUUCACGUGGUGAUGUUGACUUUAGUAUCCGUCUAUACGAAAUAUCAGGGCCAUCAAGAUCAGGUAUCCCACCGCCGACGUAUUACGACGAAGAAGAAGACAUAGACGGGGUAGUUUACGGAUCAGCGGAUAUCGAAAAGUUGGAAAACAAAGCAUACGCAGUAGACAAUACCGUGCAAGGCCACAUGGGAAUUUUCAACGGAGUUUCAAGUCCAUCUCCAACAAUAAGAGUGAACCGAAGACGUCCCAUAACCGGUACCGGUUCAUCUCCCGGGAAUCGUCUCUCCUCAGUAUCAUCCAAUUCCUACCACCGGCCCGAAUUUAGCCUGGUAAUUUUAUUUAUCGCGAAAUGCUUCCUAUGAUUAAUUACCUCUGACUCACCCGACAGAACUAACUCACGUGGCUCUAUGUUUAUAAACUUAUAACAAAAAAUGUAUAAGCUUUAAAAUAAAACUAAUGUAACAGCAUCGUUGCUAAAUUGUGGAGGGUAUAGACACAGCGGACAUAUCGUUAUAGUGAAAUUGUUUUUUCCGGCUAAAAAAUAAUAUUUACUAUUUGUUAUUGUCUUGAAGAGACACUUGAAAUUGUGCAGCUUAUAUAUAAAUAUAUAAAUAUAUAAAUACAUGUAUACAUACUAUAUAUACAUAUAUAUUUAGAUAUAUAAAAACACAUAUAUAUAUAUAUUUUUUUUUUUAACAAAGCUGACACGACGUCGACUCGCUUUACGCUGGAAACAGAUGGCUAUGUCUUCCAGCCUAGUGUGUAAAAUUAUUAUAAUACUAUUGUUAUAAAAAUUUUCCCUAUAGUUUGAGAAUAUAAAAAAGUCUAAUAAAAUAAAUAAAUAAUUUGCUAAAAAAAAAAUAUUAUAAUAUAGUUAAUUCCUCGAAUGUGUUCACGGUAGAUAGUCAUGAACCAUAUUCGUGUAUUAUAAUGUGUAAUUAUAAUAAAUGUAUAUAAAUAAUUAUAAUAAUAAUAAAGUCUGAAUGAGAAAUUAAUUUAACCAGUAUUCAAAGUCACUAAAUAACUUUAAAUUUUAAUUGUUUAUUAACUUUUAUAUGGUUGUAAAAUAUAUGUAUAUUAUUUAUGAAAAAGAUAUGAAUAUAAAUAUAAUAGAAUGAAAUGACUUUCAAAGUGACAGCUUUUAUCCUCGAUACAGCUAACAAGGUUACAGUUAUCAUUAUCGUAAUUAUUAUUAUCGUCGAUAGACGUGGAUUCAAUUGUUAAUUUUGUAUCUGCAAUUGACGUUUCUUGUCAUCGGGGAAACAUCACGUUUAAUAUUUUCAUUGUUACCUGUGAUUUAUUUAAACUUUUUAAUCAUUUAUUUCAUUCUUUAAUCUUUAAUUGUUAAAACAUAUAUAUAUAUAUUUAUAUUUUUAGAAGCGUAAGUUAUCAAUGUAUCAACAAUAUAUUUAAAAAAAAAUAUAUAUAUAAUAAGGUAAAAGCCCCUAUACCCGCUCAGUACCAUUAGUCGCUGACUUUAACAGUUUAAGGCGUUUUUUUAUAAUUUUUAUCAAAAAAAAUUACAACUAAAAAUAUUGUUUUUGAUAAAUAAUUAUUUGUAAAUCUAAAUAGGGGAGCCUGGGGUACAAAGGCCCCCCUCAAAAAUUAGAUAAAAAAUUAUUUUUUUAUUUUUCGUCAAAUAAUGACUACUACAAUGUUUUUAUCAUAUUUUAGGCCAAUGUGUGAUAUGUGAAGUAAAAUGGGCCACUCGAAAAAAAAUUUUUUUUUUUCAUCUUCCGGCAAGUUAUGACCUUUAUAAUGUUUUUAGUAUAUUUUAGGUGAAUAUGUGAUAUGUGGGGCAAAAUGAACCACUCGACAAAAACAUUGAAACGAAAAAAUUCUUUUAAUUUUUAUUUCCCGUCAAGUUAAUUUUUUCGUUACAACUUUUUUUUUUUGAGUGGUCCAUUUUACCCCACAUAUCACAUAUUCACCUAAAAUAUGAUAAAAACAUUGUAGAGGUCAUAACUUGACGGGAAAUAAAAAAAAUUUUUUUUUAUAAUUUUUGGGGGAGGGGGCCUUCGUGCCCCAGAAAAAAAUUUUUUUUUUUCGAUUUUUUGCAAAAUUUCGACUGAUUCUUCCGAAAUAGACAGAAAAUAAACGAAUUUGAUAGUUAAAAAUCACAAAAAGAAAAAAUCGUCUUAAGGGGGCCUUCAUGCCCCAGGUUCUCCUAUAUUAAAAUAUGAUUUAUCAAAUAAUUUUAUAAUAGAUUAUAAAUUAUAAUUAAAUGACUGUUUUCAAAAUCACGCAAAGCCGGGCAUUUUUUACUUUAACGUUCAUUCGUUAGACUAAAUUUAGGGUACGUCAAAUUUUUUAAGAAUUGUUAUAACUAUAUCUUAUUAAAUACUUUUUUAAAAUUCAUGAAAUUUUAUAUUAUGAAAGAAUAAAGUAGUAUAAUUUAUAAAUUAUUUGUCCAAAUCGAUAAAUUUAUCAUAGUUUAAUUGAUAUUGUCUUUGAGCGACUAUAGGGCCAUGUGUUGGUCGAGUAAUGGUACAUCACAACUUUUAGUGAGCGACUGUGGGUACAUUCAAGGACCUAAUUUAAAAAAUUAAUAAUAAUUAAUUAUCAACAUUAUUCUUCAAACUUAAAUUUUAUUCUAAUACUCGAAACUUCAAAAAAUAACUAUAAAAAAAAACAUGGUUUUUAAUUUUAUUUGUUAAUUUAUAUUGAGUGAUUUAAUCUCACUCCGAUGAAAAGUGAGCGGGUAUAGGGACUUUUACCUUAGAUGAUGAAUUUUUUUUCAAUUACGAUAAACAAAGAGAUAAUCGGCGGAUGUAAAAUGGAGAGGUUGUAAAAAAGGUAUAAAAUAAAAUGAAAUAAAAUAAAUUUUUUCCGGUGCAAGUAUAAUUUAUUAAGA